AUAAGUGGCAGAACCCUCAAAUCACCCCCUGACAAAUAUGGGUAGGGACGGAUCCACCCCUCAAAAAAAAGCAGGGACAAAUGACACCCCAAAAGUAUCGAUCUUCCCAAAUCGAUCAUUAUCUAACGGGUGACGUCAUCACCGUCACGAUCUCCGUUUAGCCCAUGACAGCGUGUCGUUUUUUUACACGCUGGAUGCUGAUGUGUACCAAUUCCGCUCUUGAGGAAAAAAAUGGGGAAAUUACUUUGUGAUUCAACAACCAUUGCGGAGACUUUUCAAACUUCAUCACCGAACGUGUCAUGGAGGGAACCACAGUCAUCGGAUUUAGAGGCCGUGGAUCUCGUUGACCAGACAGAGGUAACAACUAUCGCGGCGGCAACGUGGGACGAUGUGGUUGGGCUCGAGGACCAGCAGAGACGGCACCUACAGAAGCUCCAUGCCAAGGGAGUUCUCUGGAAGCAGCCCAGGGAUCACGGCUCUGCGGUCGUGUUCCGGCUGUCGCAUGGAGGUGAGGUUUCGCCGGAUGGGAACUGCCUAUUCACCGCGUCGCAGAGGGCUAUGGCUCGUGAGAUUGAUGCGCGGGAGCUCCGGAGGCGGGCGGUGAAGCUGUUCGUGGAGGACCUUGGAUCUGUUAUCGAGGAUGAGAGAGAGUCGAUAAACAAGGUAAUUAGGCAUAUGUACUCGCCAGAUCUGAGGAGCGGAUGGCGUGUUCAUGUGGUUCAAGAGGUUAAGUUGUUGGCCAAGAAGAAGGAUCGCGUAGCCUUGGACUCGGCCAUUGACGAACUCGUUCAGCUAGGAAUGCAGAGGUAAUUUUUUUUAGAUCAUAACUUUCUUG